AAGGCGCGUAAACCUGGACACGGACUCGGACCGUCAGAUUUGAAGUUGCUUUCCGCACGUUAAAGUCUGAAUGACCGUGAAACCAGCAGACUGAGAGACAGAGCCGCAUCUGAAUCGGAAUGAAGCUGGAAUCUUGAGCAACGGAGCAUUUCGUGAAUGAAAUCUCUGAGUGGAAACAUCAAUUAUCCAGCGGCGCUUCAAGGACUCGAUUCACAAAAUGAAGCGGGCGACCAGAAAAGCUUCCGAUCUGUAGACCUGCUUUAUUUCACCAGUUUAAAUGGGAACUGGAAAUUACAUACAGGAACUCGUGUCAUUUUUUAAUUUUUUUUUUUUUUUUGCGCUUUCUAUCCUUGAAUGUUGUUCACUAAGGAUUCCUUGAUCGUUAAUGGCCAAAUUAAUCAUCUGUAGGUUUUGUAAGUUCGUUUACACCGGUGACAAGUGAACGUACACAGGUAGCUAUUAUUAUGAAACUACACUAGUUUCACAGAAAGGUUCUACGAUGACCCGUUUGGAGACUUGGGCGCAUGAAGGACGCGUAGCUCCGGUGCCAUUGCGCGCAGCGAUACGCACUGCUUCCCGGUGGGUGCGCCUAGUCUGACAGCCGCAUGGACGCGGAGGUAUUGGUGCUGAGGGGGUAUAAUUAAAACCCAUCAAUUUAUUGAAACAACUUAAACCCUAUGCAGUGUUUUCCAUUUGUUUACUGGUACAUGUGCUAUAUACACAAGUAGCCUAUUUGUGGUGGGAAAGAGGAUUUAUUUUGGUUUUAUCCGUUAAUUGUCAGAUGUAUUAGUCCAUUAUUAGAUUCCCUGUGAUGCAACUUGCAGCAGGUCCGAGCUUUACUAUUUUGUGUGAACACAUUGAGGUGUUUUAAAGGAGUACUCUGCUGAUUCCCUGUCAACCUUUUCAUGGGUCACAUCUCUCGCCCGCGUCCAGCCGCCUCCUCACGCCCUGUUCAGUGUUGUUGCCUGUGUAGUUGCUGCAGCUGCUUCCACAUAUAGUACGUUGGUGUUCCAGUGUUGUUAAUAACUUUUAGAUAUAACUUAUCCUAGACAUUCAAAUUACAGCUAAAAACGUGUACGUCACCCAGCAACAUUUAGUAUGACGUCAUUAUAUAGACUGAGUUUCUCUCCGUACCCCAAAUCUGACCGUCCGUGAACAGUUGUGCGUUAUGUUGAAUGGACCGACCUUCCGCGACCACGACCCGAUGCGACUCGUCGACCCGAGGCACCUUCCGCAACUGAUGUCCCUUGAGGACCAUGAGCCCACCAUGGUGGUAGGGACCCUGUGGCCCCGCAACUCCACGCCGGCAGAGGAAGAGGAGGGGGCUCCGGGUCAGCAGCACCAGUCCUUUCCCUGGGUGGUGACCCUGCUGGCCGGCGUCCUGAUCACGACCAUCGUGGUGGAUGUUAUCGGGAACCUGCUGGUCAUCGUGUCCGUGUUCAGGAACAGGAAACUCAGGAAAGCAGGAAACGCCUUCGUGGUGAGCCUGGCUCUUGCUGACUUGGUGGUCGCCAUCUAUCCAUACCCGCUGGUGCUGACCGCCAUUUUCCACGACGGCUGGAUUGCCGGCUACAUCCACUGUCAGAUCAGCGGCUUCCUCAUGGGCCUCAGCGUCAUUGGCUCCAUCUUCAACAUCACCGGCAUCGCCAUCAACCGCUACUGCUACAUCUGCCACAGCCUUAAGUACGACAAAGUGUUCUCCAACAGCAACACCAUGUGCUACGUCGUGCUCGUCUGGGCCCUCACCAUCCUCGCCAUCGUGCCCAACUGGUUUGUGGAGUCACUGCAGUACGACCCACGGGUGUACUCCUGCACCUUCGCCCAGUCGGUCAGCUCGCUGUACACCAUCACGGUGGUGGUGGUGCACUUCAUCCUGCCGAUCGGCAUCGUCACCUACUGUUACCUGCGUAUCUGGAUCCUUGUCAUCCAGGUGAGGCGAAGGGUCAAGCCGGACUCGCGGCCAAAGAUCAAACCACACGACCUCCGCAACUUCCUCACCAUGUUCGUGGUGUUCGUACUCUUCGCCGUCUGCUGGGCGCCACUGAACCUGAUCGGCCUGGCCGUGGCGCUGGACUCCAGGCUAACCCGGGCGAUACCUGAGUGGCUGUUCACAGCCAGCUACUUCAUGGCGUACUUCAACAGCUGCCUCAACGCCGUCGUCUACGGUGUCCUGAACCACAACUUCAGGAAGGAGUACAAGAGGAUCGUCCUGAUCAUCUUCAAGCUUCACUGCUGAGACAAUACACUGAGCUGAGGGGGAGGCAAAGGGUGGGCGUAAUUUUAACUUAUGUGACAAGAAAAGGCUUUUAAAAAGCAACUAAUGAAAAAAAGAGGAACUCAACCUUGACAAAGAGGUGAAAACAGAACUAAUGAAAGGAAAUAUUCAUCUCAUUAUACAACCCUGUGUUGUAAAAUGAUAAAUAAAUCUACCUUGUACUUUGGAAAGAAAACAAAUAAUAGUAUUGUAGAAGGAAGAAAGAAAAAUGCUUUGUAUGAGAGAGAAAAAAAUAAAGAGCUUUAAUAGCUGGAGGCUGAGAGAGGUGGAGGGUAGAGAUGAAGUGAAAUAAAUGAUGCCACACAGAGUUAUCAGUGAUGCCUUCAGGGAAAUUGAGAGACUUAAAAAAUACAGAGAGGGAGGGAGAGACCAGAGUUUGGGAGUAACUUAGUAAUGUGAUUUAUCAUGGCUUUCUUUGGUAUUUCAUGAAUUACUGUUUGAAAAUAAAAAUAAGUUGUUACUUAGGUUUUUACCAACUUCAUACUCAAUUUGAAGUUGCAUAGUUCUUAGUGAUCAUCUCCUUCUCCCUGAUUCAUUUGAUGCAUACAAUCAUCUAUGAACUAUUUUCAAGACAGAAAUCCAAUAAUAUCCAAUACUGUGAUUUUCUUAAAGCUGUCUCUGUUUCCUGAUUGUUCACAGAAUUAAAUUUGACUAACGCUGCUCAGAAUGAAGAGAGUAUUUUUUCAAAAAAAAAAAGGAAUUUAUUGAACAGAAAUACAAAUUGGUGCUUUUUGGGAAUAUUAAGUGGUGUUAUAUACUUUUAAAUUAAGGUGCUACAUGCACAAUUUCAAAUAUCAAGAACAUGAACUGUGAUAGAGGCUGAUAUUCUUCUUGGCUUUAGUUUUGUUUGUUUACGGAAAUCAUUUUGAUGUUUUAAAUUUGAAAUGAAUGAUUCUUUGGAGGAACAAGCCAAACUCUCACUGGGACAAAGAAAGGAAAAUGCGAGAGGAUGGAUGGAGGGGCAAGACAGAUAUUGGAUGUAGACCCGAGUCACAAAUGUGAUUGCUUUAGGCUCACCAAAAUAAAAACUUGCAAUCUGA